CCAGCCGCGGUAGUAGUCAGUUCCUGUUUUGUGUCCGGAUAGAAACAGCUGCUCAUGGGAUCAGUUCCGCUCAUUUAGCUCCGGAAGCAGUGGGUGGGUGACGGCCUCGGCUCAGGAUGGCUCACGGUGCCAGGAGAGAUUCCCCGGAGCUCCCUGACUUCUCUCUGCUGAAGAGGCUGGCCAGAGAUCAGCUCAUCUACCUGCUGGAACAGCUGCCGGGGAAGAAGGACCUCUUCAUCGAGGCCGACUUGAUGAGCCCGCUGGAUCGUAUUGCCAAUGUGUCGACGCUAAAGCAACAUGAAGUCGACAAACUCUACAAAGUGGAAUACAAACCUAUUGUCAGCACCUCAGACCAGCUGUGCUUUCUGAUCCGGCCGAGGAUACAAACUGUGAAAUGGAUAUGUGAUGUGGCCAAUGCAGACAAGGCAGCAGGAAGACUUAGAAGAUACAAGAUCAUCUUUACCCCUCAGAAGUUUUAUGCGUGUGAGGCGGUGCUGGAGGAGCAGGGCAUCUUUGGUGAUGUGACCACUGAUGAAUGGUCCUUCUACCUGCUUCCUCUGGAUGAUGACAUCAUCAGUCUGGAGCUGCCGGAGUUCUUCAGGGUCAACUUCCUGGCAGGGGACCAGCGGUGGGUGAGGACAGCUGGCAGUGCCCUGCACCUCCUUCACUCUCUGUACGGCCCCUUCUCUAAAGUCUACGGGAUCGGCCGAUGUUCCAAGAUGGCGUACGAGUCGUGGCGGGAGCAGGUCGAGGAGGGGGAACAGACGGCUCGUCACGCUGAAAUAGGAAAAGUUUUCCUCAUUGACAGAGAUGUGGACUAUGUCACGCCUCUGUGCUCGCAAGUCGUCUACGAAGGACUCGUGGACGAUAUAUUUAGAAUCAAGUGUGGAUGUGUGGAGUUUGGCCCCGAUGUCACGUCCUCGGACAAAAGCAUCAAAGUCAUGUUGAACUCUCAGGACAGGGUCUUCAACGAAAUCAGGAACGAGCAUUUCUCCAACGUCUUUGGUUUUCUGAGUCAGAAAGCCAGAAACCUCCAGACUGCAUAUGACAAACGUCGGGGCAUGGACAUAAAGCAGAUGAAGACGUUUGUGUCCGAGGAACUGAAAGGGUUAAAACAGGAACAUCGAUUACUUAGCCUGCACAUCAGUGCCAGUGAGUCGAUCAUGAAGAAGAAAACGAAGCAGGAUUUUCAGGAGUUUCUGAAGACUGAACACUCUUUACUUGAAGGAUUUGAAAUCCGUGAAUGUAUUUCUUUCAUAGAGGAGCACAUCAACAGACAGGUCUCCAUGAUAGAGAGUCUGAGGCUGCUUUGUCUUUUGUCCAUCACAGAAAACGGUCUACUGCCAAAAGAUUACCGGUCAUUAAAAGCACAAUAUCUACAGAGCUAUGGAGUAGACCACCUGCUCACAUUCACCAACCUGAGGCAGCUCGGGCUGCUGGUGGAGCAGCAGCCGGGAGAGACGCUGACCGUGAUGGAGAGCAAAGUGGGGAAACUCGUUAACGACAAGACUGCAGGAAAGUUGACUGACGCCUUCUCUUCUCUCGCUAAGAAGAGCAAUUUUAGAGCCCUGAGCCGAAGGCUAAAUUUGGUGCCGAAGACUGAUGAAGAAUACGACCUGCGCGUCCCCAGAGACAUGGCUUACAUUUUCAGCGGUGCCUACGUCCCCCUGAGCUGCAAACUCAUCGAGCAGGUGCUGGAGCGAGACGGUUGGACUGGGCUUGAAGAAGUAACCCGGCUGCUAAACGGGCAUGAAUUUGCCGUUACAGGCAGCAACGGAGCCGAUUCAAGAGCAAAGAGCGACGCUCAGCGCAUCAUCCUCGUCAUGUUCCUCGGCGGCUGCACCUUCUCAGAGAUUUCAGCCCUACGCUUCCUCGGCAGAGAGAAAGGUUAUAAAUUCAUCGUGGUAACAACAGCGAUCACCAACAGUUCAAGACUCAUCGAGUCUCUGCUGGACAACCAUGUAUGAAGCGUGUCGGCCAUUAGAGCUGGACAGAUACUGAGACAUUCCUGCAGACACUUGUCAUGCAUUCCCUGCAGUGCUGACAUUACAGCUGGAUAUACAGCAUUCACUAACGCCCUGUGUCUGACAUUAAAGAACUCUUAAGAUGUAUAAAGUGAAUAAAUGUUUUUAACUCGA